CGCUAGGGGCAGUGUGCUCGGACUGAGCAGGCGCAGUAAGAGCGGAAAGAGCGGCAUUAGAAAUAACUCGGGUCCAACACGUGUGUGCUGUGCGGCGAAAGAAGAAACAAAACAUUCAGCGGGUAAAGCAUUAAAGCGUGCGUGCGCCUGCAGUUUACGGUCUUAAAUAUGACGAAGAUAAAGAAAGAGAAGACUGCUACUGACGAAGAGGCAGGAGCUCCAGAGAAAUCCUACCAGGAUUUGGUAGCUAACAUCAAUCCUAUUGCUAACCCAUUAGCCUCGCGAAAGUUAAGCAAGAAGCUCUACAAAUGCGUGAAAAAAGCUGCCAAGCUAAAACAGAUUCGCCGGGGUGUAAAAGAAGUACAGAAGUUCAUAAACAAAGGAGAGACCGGGAUUGUGGUACUUGCUGGAGACACACUUCCAAUUGAUGUAUACUGCCACUUACCAGUCAUGUGUGAGGACAGAAACUUGCCCUAUGCUUUCAUUCCUUCAAAAGUGGAUUUGGGGUCCUCAGCUGGUUCAAAGCGGCCGACGUGUGUGAUAAUGAUCAAACCCCAUGAUGAAUACAAGGAAGCUUAUGAUGAGUGUAUGGAAGAAGUCUGUGCGCUUCCAAAACCCAUCUAAGUGUGCUGUCCAGCACUGGUGUCAUUUGAACAUUGUCGCAGCACAUUUAUACAGAGUGAUUUUCAAAAUGUGCAGCUCCCGUGUACCAUUGUGGAAUGUUGAAGGUUUUUCGUUUGGGAAGAAACAUUGGGAAUUCUGGUAAAAUGGCCGUUCGGCUGUGAUAAUGACCUUUUUUGUUCUGAUGUUCUGAUGUUUCUGUUGAAAUGGUGACUGUAUUUUUGUAUGCCAUGUGCUUUGAUACCAAAUUGAGCAUUUGCUACAUUGUGUAGUUAUUUUGUCAGAUACUUUAAGUAUUUCACUGCUGUUAUUGCUUUUAUUUGAAAAAUUCCUAAUAUUUUUGAGGUCUUAUGCUUAAGGUCUUUGUUGGUCCUGAAAUAUUUUGAAAGCAUACUCUGCAGUAAAGUCUUUACAUGAAUUUUGCAAUUUGUGUUGUAUAGUCUCCUUUUAAUCUGUGCCCUCUGUUCUGAAAUAAUCAGUGCUUCUCAACACCACUACCAGUUUUUCAAAAUAUAAUACUGAACUGAAAUAAAGAUUUUGGUGUGGAGAAACUGUAGUGGCCUGCACAGAGCUA